AUGAUAGGAUCAAGUUCAAAUGAUAAAUUACCAUAUGCAGCUGAUGUAUCGAUUUCAUUAAGUACAGAAGAAUUAAAAGUAUUAAGACAACAAUAUCAAACAGAAGAAAGUAAAGGAUGGGUUUCGAUUCAAACUAAAUUUAAUUUAGCUUGGGGUUUGGUUAAAGGAAAUGUUAAGAAUGGUGAAGUUUCUGAAGGGAUUGCUAUCUUUAUGGAUGUUUAUCGUCAAGAACCUACUAGGAGAAGAGAAUGUCUUUAUUAUCUUUCUUUAGGUCAUUAUAAAUUAGGAAACUAUGGUGAAGCAAAGCGAUUUAUUGAUUUAUUGUUAGAAAAAGAACCAAGUAAUCUUCAAGCUAAAUCACUUUCUGAAUUAAUUACCAAAGGUGUCACUACAGAGGGGUAUAUUGGGAUGAGUUUAAUGGGAGGAGCAGCAAUUGUAGGUAGUAUACUUUUAGCAAGUUUCUUCAAAGGAGGAAAACAUAAAUGA